AGUUCAGAUAAUUAUAGAUUUUUAGCAUAUACAGCAAUUGUUACCAAUCUGGCGAUUUUUAGGCGUAGGGCCUAGGAUAGGUCCAGCUGUUUAUUUUCCAGGUUUAUCACUUGCUAAAUCAACAAGAUGGCGAGUUCUGGUGAAGCCAAGCCAGUUAAGGUUGGUAUGAAAGUGGAGGUUAAAGAAAAAGGAUUAGUUGGAAAGAUAGCUUUCAUCGGUGUCACCAGCUUUGCCUCUGGGAAGUGGAUUGGCGUUGUUCUCAGUGAACCGAAGGGAAAAAACAAUGGUGUUGUGAGUGGAAAGAAGUAUUUCACUUGCGCCCCUAAUCAUGGAUUAUUUGUGAGGCAGUCGCAGCUGAUCAUGCUGGACGAAGCAGGUGACAGUAAAGGCUCAACUCCUACAUCUUCACCUUCAACAACGCCCUCUAGCACCAACUCCGAAAGAAAGAUACCUAAACCGUCGGCUCUUGAUACUAGGCGAGCAUCAGAACCAGCGAAGAUAUCUUCCUUUAAUACUCCGAAGAAGAAGGGUGGAACAAAGCCGGCCCAGGGAAUAAGAGCACCAGAGGUGAGACCAAGCCCGCCACCAUCUGAGACCUCCCAACCAGAAUCAGAAGAAGACAUAAACUCAGAGGAGGUCAUGAACUUACGACAUCAGGUCAAAGACCUCACAGAGAAGUUGGAUACACUGAAAAUCCGAAGAGUGGAGGACAAGGCAAAGCUGAAGGAAUUAGAGAAGAUGAAAAUACAGUUUCAGCAGCAUCAAGAAUUUAAGGCCAGAAUGACAGAGGCAAAAUCUGACCUAGAACGACAAUUACAAGAAGCCAAGAAAGAAGCUAGGGAGGCAGUUGAGGCUAAGCAUAGGCAUGAGGAAGAUGUAGCGGAGGUAGCAGAGAGCAUUGAGAUGGCCACUCUUGAUAAAGAAAUGGCAGAAGAAAGAGCUGACUCCUUACAGCAGGAAGUUGAAUCUUUGAAGGAGAAGAAUGAAGAGUUGACCCUUGACCUUGAGCUACUUCGCAGUGAAAUUGAACAAGGAGCAAAAUCUGCAGAUGGUUCGCAAGGUACUGAAGGAGCUGCCACUAACUAUCAAAUCAAACAGUUGGAGCAACAGAACACGCGCCUUAAGGAAGCUCUGGUGAGGUUGCGCGACCUCUCCACUCAUGAGAAACAGGAGUACCAGACACUGCUGAAAGAGAAAGAAAAGAUUGUGAACGAUAAUAAGGAAGUUAAGUCACAGAAAGACAGUGUCUCGAAGGCUCUGAAGGAAGCUGAGAACCAGGUGAUUGAGCUGAAGGAGCAGGUGGAUGCAGCAUUGGGAGCAGAGGAGAUGGUUGAGUCACUGACAGAGGCUAAUCUGGAGCUUGAAGAGAAGGUCCAAGAGCUGCAGGACAACAUCAACGAUCUGGAAGCACUAGCAGAUAUGAACGAAGAGAUCCAGGAGAAUGCAAGAGACACAGAGCUGGAGCUGCGAGAGGAACGAGACAUGGCAAACUCGCGGGUGUUGGAUGCUCAAAGAAAAUUGGAAGCAAUGAGCGAAAACAUUUCCGACUACCAGCAGACGAUAGCAAAGUUUAGAGAGCUUACCUCAUCUCUUCAGGAUGAAAAUCGUCAACUGCAUCUGAAAGUUGAGACAGCCAAUAACAGCCAAGAAUCCACUCCAGAUCAACCAGCUUUUGAUUUUAAGCAGAAGUUUGCAGAAGCCAAGGCACAAGCAAAGAUGAUUGAACUUGACAUUCGCAAGCUGGAGGUGGAGCAGGCUAAACGCCAUAUUGAUUUGCUGUGCUCAUUCAUGGCCGAUAGUUUCCUCCGAAGAGGAGGUGACCAUGAUUGCAUUCAAGUUCUUCUACUCCUGUCUCGACUUAAUUCCAAGGCUGAGAUUGUUAUUAAUCAAAUUAAAGACAAGGCGGAAAUGCCACCAAGUUUUGAGCGAGAAGGAAUGUUGCAGAAUAACAAGGGAGAACAGUUGUCGUUUGCUAACACACUCAUCUUCACGCUGUAUCAGCUUCAAGCAGUUCUACACAAAUACCAACAUGCUCUAUCAACCUGCAGUGUUGAGUUGUUUUGUAAGAUUGGCACUCUGUUCCCUGAGAUGACCCCGUAUGAAAACUCUUUGGAUUUCUAUAUCGAGCAACUUAGGAAAGAUCAGCUUGAUGAGACAACCCCACUGGAUGCACUGAAGAAAGCCAUCACUUACUUCAAGCACCUGUACAAUGUCCACCUGGAGCAGGAGGAGAUUGACCUCACCGUUGCCAUGGAGGACAAUGUCAAGAUGAUCACUUCUGCUAGUGACUGUGUCACCUUGGAAACCAAGAAGGUUAAAGUUCUUAUGCAGGCGAUGCAAGAGACAACAGAUUUUGCCAUUUUGAUGAAAGAUCUUGAUUCCACUGCUGAUGACAUCAAGACUUUCUCUAGACAGAUACGUCGUAGAUUGCCUAAACAAGGAGAAAUCGGAUCAGGUGAGGAUGGGCCUGGGCCAGCAGCCCUGAUGUAUGGACCAGAGAUCCAGAAUUCUCUGUCUGAAAGUGCCGAUGGUCUUUGCACUCUUAUAAGUGCACUAAGGUUUCUGGGUAAGGAAGCAAUGACAAUUGCAAGCUCUUUAACAGGAACACCAGAGAAGAAAAAGGACACAAAGAAAAAAGAGGAAGUUGAAGAUGCUGAGGGCAUACAAGUGAAAAAGCUUGAGAAAAUAGCUGAAAAAGCUUCUGAUGAGUCCUAUGGAAAAUCUGACAAAGGACCCUAUCAAAGUUUCAGGGAUUCCGUGAUGAAGACAAUGGUGGUGAUGAGUCAAGUUAGCAAAGCAAUGCAGGAAGGUCUUUAUGAUUCCAACAUUCCUCGUGACAACAUCCAGCCACCCAUUGCUCGUCGCGCCUUGAAAGUCAAGAACGAGAUCUGUGAUUCUGACGGGCUUGGCCACAAACUAGAAAGCAGGGAAUCUGAAAUCAAGGAAUUUAGACGCCUUUUAAAGCUGAAGCAAGAAGAGGUUAGUGCCUCAGCUGUACGUCUUGGUCUGAUUGAAAAGAAGCUGGAAAAUGCCAACAAAGAGACCGAUGAUAGAGUGAGGAAGACUGAAUCCAAGCUGGCCAUGAAAGAUGACAUAAUAAAGAAGAAGGAAAAAGAAUUUGAAGAGACUCUUGAUCACAUGCAAGUUGACAUCGAUGCUUUGGAGAAGGAGAAAGCUGAGCUGAAGCAACGUCUGACAUUGCUGUCAAAGAAGACGCUAUUUGAAGGUAUAACCCGGACAUCUUCAUCAUCUGUAGCUGCAAUGAUGUCAAGUGGAGUUGGUUCAGGUGGAUCACCAGGUUUUGGUGGUGGCCCAGGGGCUAAGGACUCGCCUUUACUUCUGCAGAAAAUUGAGAGCCUUUGUGAAGCUCUUCGAUAUGUGCGAGCUGAGAAUAGGAGAAUGAAAGGAGAGAAGUUACGAGCUAUUAUGGAUGAGCUAGAUCCACUGAACAUACCGAAGAAACCGGUCGGUCUUGCCAGUCCAACUGGAUUUGUGAGUCUUGACCCUGUGUCAGGCACACCAGCUGGUAAAGGCAAAGACACCCCUGCUACUACCGCUCCACAGGAAGAUCUGAUGGAGUUGAAUAGAAAGACAAGAACUCUGCUAUCGGAACUUCAAGUCCUGAGUGCAUGUCCAAAAGUGAUUGACAUCACCAACAGAAAACCAGGGGUUGUACCGGUUGUUGCUAAGGCGAGACCAAUCAAUCAGCUGGCUGCUUCUACCAUUAGACUUAAUGAACUCCAUGAUAAUAUAAUUAAACUACAAGGAGAAAUGCAGCAAGCAAUUACAAAGGUGAAGCCAAGAGCCAAAGUUCAAACAGACUUCUCUGCUUUUGCAAUACCCCAGUAUACUAAGGCACAGUUGGAAAAAAGCAAUAUUCCAUGUAUUGGAAGGAUAUCCAUACCAGUCAGCAAAGGUCAGCAGUCAGAAUCUCUGGCAAUUAACCUUCAACCUCACCAGCUCAGGCAGCUGCAUUCCAGGCUCAUCAUGUGAUUUCAAAUUUAACCUGACCAUGGGACUUCGAACUCUAACCUGAUCAUGUGAUUUCCAACUUUAGCUUCAUCCUGUGACUUUCUAUAUUGAUUUUCAUGGUAAUUACCCCAGUAAUUGGUAAACAUAAUUAUGAACGAGUUUUUGAACAACUUAAUUAAUAAUAUAACUAUAUAUCUUCAAGCUGUAAACAUACAACUAUGUCCAUAGGUACUGUAAGUGCAAAACUAGGAAUGGACAUUUGUUCUUUAUGGUAAGUGCAAGUCCAAAAUUCUAUUUAAAUAAUUUAUAUUGUAUUGUUUGUUUUUUAGUUGAAAUGCACUUUUGAGAAUUUUUAGUGUUUAAUAUUUUAUUUAUCAACACAUUUAUUCAAAGAUGCAUUGAUUUUCAUCUACGAAUGUAGAGUAUUGUGUUACAGGCUGUGAGGGCGCUACUGCUAGUGUUUUCGUAAAUAACAUAAACCUUUUGUAGUCAUAUGCCCACAUCCUAGCUGGCAAAUUGUUGAUGAUCUAUAUCUUUCAGAAGAAAAUGUUUUUUUUUCCACUUAUUUGGGUUCUGUUAUAUUUCUUUAUAAAGUUUUUAUAAGAUAAUUUGGAAAGAAUGACCUAUUUUCCUUUAUAUCCACACUAUAUAUUGUAUCCAUGAUCAACACCUAACUACUGUAAUACAACACAAAUACAUGUUGUAGAAUGUAUGUAAAAGUACAUGGACACACUGCACAUUUCUGUCAGGCACUAUUGUUAUGACAUUUUUACGACAGCUAAAGAUGAGAAAACAGAAAGAGUGAGACCAACAAUUUUACAAAUUUACUCUAACUAAAUGUUUUUUUUUAUAUAAAUAUAAAUAAUAUAAAUGAAAUAAUUCAUUACAAAAUACAUGACAAUACAUGCUCUUGUUUAGCUACCGUCGCUCACAUGAAAUUUUCAGAUCCAAGAGUAAAGAAGAAUGAAUUGUUCAAAUCAGGUUGUUUAAAAGUAAAAAUUUUUCAAAGCAAAAAUUGUUCAAAGUCCAACACCAUCAUGCUCCACACAGGCUGUCCCGCGCAUUGUCUUUCUCUCUUGAUUACAUCUCGACAACUAACUCGUCGUCUCUCAAACAUCGUUACUUAACAAGUCCUAAGUCAUUGUAAAGUCAUUCACCCUUUUCAUGGUUUUACUCCCUUUCUCAGAAACUACACCCUUCUACAUACCUACUGUCUUACACAUCCCAAUCUCUUCAAUCACAAUUAAUAACCACGAUGAUUCAAGCACCACAAAAACUCACAUCUUCACUUCUUGGACAUUGAACUUUAAGAUGUGUAAAUGAUUAUAAUGAUGAAAUUGACAGUGGUAAUACUAUUCAUUACUUGUAAGAACAUGGUUACUGUAUAUUUAAAUUUUAUUCCCAUAUUGAAUGUUUGUAAGUGCACUGUGAAAUACAACUUUAAUGCUGUGGCUAAUGCUUACAAAAAGUUGUAAUAUUCAGUUCUGUAGCUAAGUGAUAAUAUGACACCACUGUAUUAACAAUAACUAAAAAUGUCUCCUAUUUUGAGUACUAAUGAUCAGUGGAACUCACAUUGGAUCGACAUUGACAUGGAGCUACUUAGUGGGUGGGGUAGGUUAAUCAUAUAUUUC